GCGUGUUUGAGUUCUGUUUAUGGAUUGGAUGAAUUGGGGAUCAAAACAGCCAAUGAAACAACGAUUGAACGAAAAUGGCGAGCGAAGACACAGUGUCGGCGGAGGAGCUCACGGCACUCGUGCAAGCCAUCAAGUUUGCGCACCCGCAGUUCACAGUCAAGCAAGUGCACACACAGGUCCUAUCGCAUGAAGGCAAGUUCGCCUCUGUGACCGUGGCGCGUGUGAAGAAGUACCUCAAGAAGCUCGGAUUGACUGGCAACCUUGAUGCCCCUAGCUCGGAGGACGCUGCCGCCGCGCCUGUGUCUCUCAUGACAGUCGGCGGUGAUUCCAAGUCCAAAGUCGAACAACCAUCACCUUCGUCUUCGUCCUCCCAUGAUGACGACUCGCAUUGGGUCGCUGUGCCUCUGGACGUCCCAGCCAUGCAAUUGGCAUCGCAUCCCCAUCAAGCGGUGAUUCGUAUGACAGAAGCGACCGACGCGGGGUCUUCCACCGGUGCGUUGGGCGAGAUCUACAAGAUCCAGAAGGCCAUGGCGCCCGACGGAAGCGACGAGAAACUGCCCAUGCUCAUGUACAACAAGGACCGCUCGCGCAAGUCGUUCCUGCAUCCGACGUCGACGCUCGGGUACGAUGCCAUCAGUGCCUGGAUCGAUCAACUGGGGGCGGGCGGGGUCGGCGGCGGCACAAAGGCGUACUUUUACGGCCGCCAGGGCCGCAAGACCACGUCCAAGGCCGGAGUCGUGUUUAUCAACGUGCACACGGUCGCAGAUACCCAGCCGUGGUAAUAAUGACGACGAGUGGUCCAUAAUGAACGACAUGCAAGUAGCAAUUCACUGUACCUACCGCCCACGGUGGAUGAUUUCCCACUCUAGCUUUGUUACAAUACGCCCUAUUAUUACACUGUUUUGCCGUAAUAAAGUUAGACCAAUUAUUGUCGA